GCCGCCGCGCGCCCUUGCCUCCCCUCCCCCAAUUGUCGUGGCCAGGCAGCGUCUGGCCGGCGGCCCGCGGGCGGGCCGCCAUCCCAACUGUAGCCCACCCCCCUCUUAAAGCCGCGGCGGGAAGAUGAGGUUACGGGAGCCGCUCCUGGGCGGCAGCGCCGCGAUGCCGGGCGCGUCCCUGCAGCGGGCCUGCCGCCUGCUAGUGGCCGUCUGCGCGCUGCACCUUGGCGUCACCCUCGUCUACUACCUGUCCGGCAGCGACCUGAGCCGCCUGCCCCAGCUGGUUGGAGUCCGCACACAGCUGCAGGGUGGCUCGAACGGCGCCGCUGCCAUCGGGCAGCCCUCCGGGGAGCUCCGGCAGCGAGGGGCCCUCCCGCCGCUGCCGUUGGGCGUCUCCUCCGAGCUGCGCUCGGGGAGUGACUCCAGCCUCGGUCCUGCAAACAACUUGAGUUCGGCCACAAUGCUCCCCACUGCGGCGCUGUCGCUAGCCGCUUGCCCUGAGGAGUCCCCGCUGCUCGUCGGUCCCAUGCCAAUCGAUUUUAAUAUAAAAGUGGACCUGACGCUUGUGGAGAAACAGAACCCGCAAGUGAAGGUGGGCGGCCGCUACAGCCCCAAGGACUGCAAAUCUCCUCACAAGGUGGCCAUCAUUAUUCCAUUUCGCAAUCGGCAGGAGCAUCUCAAGUACUGGCUUUAUUACUUGCACCCAAUCCUGCAGCGGCAACAGUUAGACUAUGGCAUCUACGUUAUCAACCAGGCUGGAGACGUCAAGUUCAAUCGUGCUAAGCUCCUCAACGUUGGCUUUCAGGAGUCUUUGAAGGACUAUGACUACAACUGCUUCGUGUUUAGUGAUGUGGACCUCAUUCCCAUGGAUGACCACAACACCUAUAGGUGUUUUCCACAGCCACGGCACAUUUCUGUUGCAAUGGACAAGUUUGGAUUUAGCCUACCUUAUGUUCAGUAUUUUGGAGGCGUCUCUGCUCUAAGCAAACAGCAGUUUCUCACCAUCAAUGGAUUUCCUAAUAAUUAUUGGGGCUGGGGAGGUGAAGACGAUGACAUUUUUAACAGAUUAGUUUUUAAAGGCAUGUCUAUAUCUCGCCCAAAUGCUGUUGUCGGGAAGUGUCGGAUGAUCCGUCACUCAAGGGACAAGAAAAAUGAACCCAAUCCUCAAAGGUUUGACCGAAUUGCACACACGAAGGAGACAAUGUUCUCUGAUGGUUUGAACUCACUCACCUACAAAGUGUUGGACAAAGAGAGGCACCCAUUGUAUACCAAGAUCACAGUGGAUGUCGGGUCACCCAGCUAGCACCUUGGAAGAAUAAUAAGAAACCUGAAAAUGACCAGGACUUCUGCUGUGUUCUGCCAAUCUGCUGGGCUGGUCCCUCUCAUCUUUACCAGUGUGAGUGAUAGGCCCCUUCACUCACCAUGCAGAAGCCUUGCCAGAUGACCAGAGUGGGCGAUCCACCCCCAGCUUGGCUGAGCAUGUGACAUCCUAGCUCUACAAGGUGUUUGUAAGUGUAGAAGCUGUCAGCCUUUGGGGCACCCCUGGCAUGUACACAGUGUCAGCCCAAAGAGUCAGAUCUGGGCACAGCCCAAAUCCUUGUGACUGUGGGACUCAUUCUCCAUGAUAAACUGAUAAUUUGUUGUAACAUAAGAAUUUUGCUUUAAAUUGUGGUAUUAUUACUUUAUGAAAAAUUGGAAAGUGCUGCUGAAGUUGAACCAAUGUGAUUUUUUUUGGUUAUCACAUUUUAACAGGAAAACACAAGAUCUCAACCAUUCUCAUUUUAUGCCCUCACCCCCCACCUUCAGUGCUAUGCCACUGUUACAAUCACUUGUGUGUGUGUGUGUGUGUGUGUGAAUUUUUUAAGCAAGUGAAUUUUAAACUUGAGCCUUGGAUCUUUUUGCCUGCUCAAAAGUAUGAGUUCCAAGGCAACUUUAGCCAUCAAAGCAAAAGCCUCGAGUGUUCUCACAUUCAGUGGCCUUUCUCCAGAUUGUCUGAUUUCUGAAUGUAAAGACUUUUUUAAAAUAGCAGUUUGUAGUAUUUUAAAGAGAGAUCAAAUCAGGUUCUAAUUCUGAUCUAGCUUGAUUGUGUGUUGAUCCAGACUUGUGUAGCUGUUUAGUGUCAUCAUGGCAGUUUCUUUUCUGAGCAUGCUAUGUAAACUUGAACUUACUAUGUAUUUUUAUUGUGAUGUUUUAAAUAUGGGGAGGGGAUUGAACAUUUUUUAGGGGAAAAAUAAUGUAUGUUGUAGUGGCCACAAAUGGGCCUCUAAUAUAGCUGACAGGCCAGGUUUUGUGAAGAGUACAUCAUCACCUUUGCCUCCUCAAUGAGGGCAAAGCCUGGCCAGCACUAUCCUGUCGGACCUCGGGGUGGGGGCAGAAGCCUGCUGGGCAGAGCUCUCCACCUUCCCCCACCCACCCCAGUGGGCAGGGAAGAAACUCCACCUGCACCCACCUGGACCUCCUAUUAGGGACAUGGAGUUGUGGCAGCAGUCAAGUUGUUUACCAGCCCCUUACCCUGGAGACCACCUCUCUGGGGGGCGCUGCUGGCCACACUGCCUGGCCCACCUUGCAUGACCAAUUCUUCCUUCCUCCUCCCCCUUCUUGUUCUUUUGCUUCUAGCAAGUUCCCUAAAACUUGCCUGUGACACUCAGGGUCAAACAGACUAUUCAUUAUCCAGCAUGAAUGUGCCUUUUAAUUAGAGGUGUAGAAAGAAAUUCAUCAGGACUCACCCAUGCUCCCCCCGUGACACUCUGGUGCCUGAAGCUUCCCAUUUCCUCUCAGGUUUUUAGCAGGUUUCCCUCUCCAGGGAGGCUGACCCAAGGGGUCAUCUUCCCCAAACCAUCUUUGCCAGGAAGGGUACUGCCUGUGGUGAGAUGCCCAAGGCAAUUCCUACCGCUAAGCACCCUUGCAGGUCCAGCCUAGGGUAAGGGCAUAAGACUCGGCUGAGUAAUUCUGACCUUCCAGCUGUGGCAUCCUGGACCCCCCACCACUGACCUUGGCACAGAGGCUGACCUGGCGCCUGGCCCAGUCUUACCGGUGCCUUUAUCGCUUUGAGCAUCUUAGAUGCUAACUUGGUUCUUUUUCCAGAAGCCUUUCUAUUAGUUAAGAAUUAUUUUUACACUGCAGAAGCAGCUGGGCUAUACAGAGAGUAUUCCUUUGGUCAAUACCAUCCCCCCACCCCUGCCUUAAAACUAUGUUAGUGAAGUUCAGAGUGGCUGCAUGGUGAGGGAGUUUUGGGAAAUGUAAAGAACGAAGGGCCCUCUUUCCUUCCCUGCAUCCUGACUUCUCCAAAGUGCCUUAUGAGAGAGGAGACAAAAACCCUGGGUGGUAACUUGUUAUUUUAUUGUUGAAACUUUUUUUCUUGCUUGUUUUCCUGUUACAUUUUCCUCUAUGUUCAGUUGGAAUAGUCAAUCAUAUGGCUUAUUUCCAGGAGAAUCCGUCUCACCUUUUCCCCAUUUGCUGACCUUCCAUUGCCCUUGAGAGUGGGAGAGGGCCCAGGCUGUGCCUGGACACUUGCCUACUUCCUCAAGUGCUGUCAGUUCUGUAAUUUCCUCCCCGGAGAGUUCAGGGCCGAGGGUUCAGGAAGCAUUUCUUUCACCUGGAAGUCAUCACCGUGAAGUUGUCACGUGCUGUGCCUUUCUCUGUUUCUCUCCUGUUGCUAGUGACCCUGUGAAGUGGCCUUUGGGAAGGACCAGAGGGCAGAGGUGGUACCUUGGAGGAAAUGCUGGUGCUGGCCCUAAGCCUGGACAGGCCCUCCUGUUGACCUCAGGGCUGGAUGUGGGACGCCCCACACAGCCACGCCUUCAUCUUUCCUGUCCUAUACACCUGUCGUGCUGUAUAUUUUCAUUUCCUGUGUAUACAGAUAUGUGUAUUUACCAUUGUUCUGGGGAGGGAGAAUGUCUGAUCUUGGUGUUCAAAACAAAACUGUAUUUUUGCCUUUAAAAUCCAAAUAUAACAUGAAUAAAU